CGUUUUCUCCCAGAAUCCCCUUGUCUUCCUCUUUCCUUCCGCGGCCUGAAAAGUGUGAAAAUGGUCCGCUACUCGCUCGAUCCCGAGAACCCCACCAAAUCAUGCAAGUCCAGGGGGUCAAAUCUCCGGGUUCACUUCAAGAACACUCGUGAGACUGCCCAAGCCAUCAAAGGGAUGCACAUCCGCAAGGCAACCAAGUUCUUGAAGGAUGUGAUGGUCAAGCGCCAGUGUGUGCCCUUCCGCCGCUACAAUGGGGGUGUUGGCCGGUGUGCCCAGGCCAAGCAAUGGAACUGGACACAAGGGCGUUGGCCCAAGAAGAGUGCCGAGUUCCUUCUGCACAUGCUCAAGAAUGCUGAGAGCAAUGCUGAGCUCAAGGGCCUUGAUGUGGACUCCCUGGUCAUCGAGCACAUUCAGGUGAAUAAGGCUCCCAAGAUGCGCCGUCGAACGUACCGUGCCCAUGGACGCAUCAAUCCCUACAUGAGCUCACCCUGCCAUAUUGAGAUGAUCCUCACGGAAAAGGAGCAGAUCGUGCCCAAGCCAGAGGAGGAGGUUGCUCAAAAGAAAAAGAUUUCCCAGAAGAAGCUGAAGAAACAAAAGCUUAUGGCACGCGAGUAAAUGUAGAUACAAAUAAAAGUGAUUUUCUUCACUU